AUGUCUCCUCCACCUCUAAAGAGAUCGAGGAUGUUCCUCAUUGACAACCUAUUGCAAAAGGGUGGAGGUGAUUAUGUUAAACAACUCGGUGAGGAAACUAAACUCACUAAGAAAUUCAACAUGACCAAACUGACUACAAAAUUUCUAAUUAAUAAACUACCUCCAAGCCCCGAAAGCCUACUCCAGGAAAUAUUCCAAACCUGUAUCGACAAAACAAUAUCUACAAGCCGCGAACACCAACUUGAACCUGAUCAACUAGGAUGUAUUGUCAGCAGUCAGCUGCUCGAAACUGACAUUUGGAUUCCCAUUAGAGACAUCACCAACAACACCAUCGACGCCAUACUUAAUCAAUUCUUGAAAGUCGCCCAAUCCAAAAAGCAAGAUAAUGGUAUGCUUUGGGGCGAACCAUUUACAGUCUCCGUUACUACCAUUGACAAGCAGAAUAUCCCUAGAAUACGCGUCAUCAGCGGAAGCGGUGGGAAAUCUACUCGUAGGAUAAAUGAUAAAAACCUCAUCAAAAUACGCAAUACCGACAACCUAUGUUUGUUUUAUGCAUUAAUGGCUUCAUACGUCUACUCAAUAUUUUCCUGGCCAAAAUGGAAGUUCUAUGAUUAUAUGCAUAGCAGAAGAGGUAUGACUCAUCAACUCGAACAAGAUACCAAAAAACUAUUGAGAGAUGUUGGAGCUCCUCUUGAUCAGCCAAGCUAUGAUGCGCAGAACUGGGUUCCCAAAGUGGUCAAUUAUUGGAAUACAUUGAACAUAGGCCUGUUUAAAGUUUAUAUCUUUGGUGAAUUUGCCGAAGAACCUAUCUUCAAAUAUGGACAGGAAAAGUUUGAUACCCCAAUUAUUCUUUAUCACCACAAUCAACAUUUCGACGGUGUGCGAAGGGCAUCUGAUUUAUCAUGCCACUUCAUGCAAAGUUAAAUGUCAA